AUGCUAAAGAUUACUUCGUUCAGAGAAAUUUGCAUCGGUCGCCUCGUCUGUAUAUACAUUUAUCUAGUUCAGUUGAACAGUUCCAACAGUGCCAGCGCCCUCCAAAUGGAUGUAGACGCUGCCAAGCAGUGGUCGUUGGACUGGCACCUUCCUCUGAAUGAUGAAAAGUGCGUCCAUGUGUCGUUUGGAGGGGAUUCAGCGAAUGCCUUUGUUAUGCAUGGUGAAAAGGGACCAGAAAACAUCAUGAGGAUAGAUGCCAAAAAAGAUUUAGGCAUCUGGGUCUCCUCAAACUUGUCCUUCGCACUACACCAUGAGAAACCGGCCCAAAAGGCAUUCGCCGUUUUACGGAUGAUCCGACGUACCUUCUCCCGUAUUACGGGAGACGUCAGACCGCUCCUGGAGUACGCCAACAAAGUUGUCUACUCAGGACGUACGAAAGACGUUACCCUCAUUGAGCGUGUCCAGCGGGCCGCCACGAGAAUAGUUGCCGGCCUCAAGUCCGUGGACUACGAAACGCGUCUCGCGACGCUUGAUCUAUUUCCCCUGGAGUACCGUCGCCUCCAAGGGGACCUAAUUCUUACCUACGCCCUGUUUGAACAAAGCUUGACAAACAGGUUUUUUACCGUUGACCCAGCAAACACCCGGCGGGGACAUAGUUUAAUCAUUGGGGCUCACUACGGCAACAAGGAAGUUGUACGAUGGUUUUUGAGUAAUCAGGCCGAUGUGAAUGCAGAAACUGAUCUCGGGUGGCGUGCUAUUCAUUUCGCUGCCAAGCGCGGGCACGUGGCUACAAUCGACAUGCUGUGCUCCAACGGUGCUGUAGUUGAUCCUGUCACCUCGGAAAACGAAACACCGUUAUCACUGGCCUUGCAUUCUCAUAUGCGGGAUACCGUACGAAAGUUGAUCAAUCUUGGGGCGACACUGAAACAGUUUGAUGAGGGAUUCAUAUGCCAAUACGUUCAUCGAGGAAUCCUACCACCAGAAUUGCUCCCACGAAUGCGAUCCACUCAUCCAGAUUCACCCACGACAAAACCUAGACUCCAGUUAUAUAAUCAAGGCGCACCGACGCUGUCAACUGUUUCAAAUAACAUUCCCAACUCAUCUGAGGAACGCAGUUUCGUAGUGGCGUCAUCUUACGAAAGUGCUGUGACUAGCUCCCAUGCUUUGAUGAAUCAGUUGCAGUGCCAGUCUUCAAGCUACGAUUUGGAACUAGCGAGACGAAAGCGGGAGCUUGCGCGACGACUUCCAUCAAUUCCUGGUUUGUCGCAGACCUCCUCUGGAAUCAUUGUACAGCAGACUCAACGGCUCGCUCGAGCUGAUUUACCAGUAAACGACCGUUUGGAUGCUUUGUCACAAGUAGUCAGUGCGUUGCCGAUAAAGAACUUACUUAGUAGUGUGUCUCACGAUGUCCACUUCACAGGGUUAUCCAUUGGCUCAACAAACGAACCAUAUCUGCGCCUUUUUGAAGCAUGCAUGUGCGAAAGUCAUUGUCCAACUUCACUUGCCAUUCAGCUUAGUCAUCUCUCCGUUCUUAUGGCUGCUCUGGGCAACCACAAAUCCUCGUCGAAUACGAUGACGGACGGUGGACAGACAUCAAUGUCGUCCACUACAUCCUACGUUUGCAGGCUUUUGCGAAAACUUAUUUCUAAGAACAAUCCACAGUACCGUACUGGAAUCCUGGCUCAUUUGUCUCGUAUGCUUUCCAAUAAUUCUUCUAAUUGCGCCACCAAUGUGCUUCCGGAUCUGGCCAAUUUCGCUCCUACCAUUCUAUCUACCCUCGUACGUUUGGGUGAAUCUUUGGAUCAGCCAAUUAAUGUGACUCGCCUGACCAGUUUUGUCGGCCUCAUUGGGCGACGUUUAGUCGACGCCACAUCGGAUGAUGUUUUUGAACCAUGUUCCGCACGGUUUUCGGACCUAGCUGACAUUCUAGUUGGGUGGGGUGUCGAUCCAAGCAGCAUACCACGAGGCAUUAAGCUGGAUACCAUCCAUCGUGAACUUUGUUUCGGUUUGGCGAACUGGUGGCUUGAGCCCCCGAUUGCAAACUCAAUUGUUGCUAGUCCCGCAUCCACCGUUCCGGACAAGUCGAAUCCUUUGCUGAUAAAAAGUAUACGACAAAUGCUUUGCCAUCUCUUGGAGGACAGUGAAAGUGCAAUGAAUACAGCUAUAUCUGAGUGCCCUACCCUUCACAGUCGUACAAUACAAGUUGUACCGACUGACGUCAAACCCUUAUCCGAUCCAACAGCAUCUCUGACGUCCGUUCGUUUAUUCCUUUCCGUACUUGCCGGAAUCGCUCAAGGUGUUUCAGUUCGGCUCAUUGCUUGUGGUGUGAAUGCUUCGCUUGGACAUGUACUCCGCUUAUCUUUACAGGAGCGCUGUGAGUGGGGUGAACGUCUACUCCAAUUGUUAAAGUCGGCACAUGCAUGUUUACGUUCUUGGCCGCACAACCAGAUUGUCAUGUGGCACCCUUCGCACGUUGCAAGCGCAAGCGCACUUCACGUAUCUUCGUCAGUCGUCGAUGGUAUUGAGAAUUCAGUUUUGUGUUUGCUCACUUGUGUGAUUCGAUCCGAUGAGAAAGUGUCCGUACUGCUGCGACAGGUUACAGACUAUCUAAAAAGCCGUUUGUUGGACUUCACUCAUUUAUCUUUGACCCCAGAAACAUUGAGGUCGCUCUUGCGUCUAAUCAGUCUGGUUAUGAUGAGGUUUUCAAACCAGGUCAUUGCACUAGAGUACCUACGUAUUUACUUCGGCCCGCGUUCUCUGUUGCAUUCCUACAAAACAGUUAUUCGCAGUGGACCAGAUCAAGAGCCUCCCUCUUGCAUGAUCUUGAAAACGAUGAAGUACCUUGUAUCGUUUCCGAACCUUGUGGAGGAGUUGGGCCAACUGACAUUUCUGGAUCUGGAGCAGGCUAUGCAGUUCUUUGCGUCAAACAGUGAGGAUCGACCAUCUUUGGUUCCAUCUAGUUGGGAGUCGCUGGCUUUAUUCAGCCUCUCCUUUCUGUCCCAUCUACUUAGAUCAAAUGAUAAAGCUUUCAAAACCAAUAUCCGACUUCGCUUAUUUUCAGGCUUAGAACACGAUGGUGUUUCCAUAUGGAAUAAGCUUCCCGUUCGUGUGCGAAUAGCUCUACUGGCGAUCGUAACGGACCAAGAUGUGGCUGCUUUGUCCCAGUCUACCGAACUUUUGCGACGAUGUUCCGAUUUUAUCGGGGUCCAGACGCCAUCACCCUUGGAGUUAAACUUGAUUGCCCAUUUCAUGAAAGUCAGCAUAGAGCAGUGCAAGUCUGCUGAACAGCGCUCUGUGUUGUUAUCUGAUCUCUGUACACUGGCACUGAAGAUUCUGGAUUCACAAUGUCCACACACAUCUUCCAUCAACACGUUUCUACUCUGUGUACGAACUGUGAUCGCUCAUUCUUUUGUCGAACGGAGUCAAAUUGUGAGUCCCUGCAUAGUUCGCUUAGCUGAGGUAGCCGCCGCCCAUGGCUGCGCACAAAUCAGUGAGGCUGGAAUGGAUUUGUUGCUGGCAAUAAGCGAUUCCCGUUUAAACGCUCGGUUUAAUGGCGUACCUCAACCAAUUCUCAGCUGGUUCAUUAGUCGGCGUCCUGAUCAUUCAGCGACGGCGCUUGUCACUCCUGCUACAAAAUCACAUUCCAAUCUUACCGGACUGGUUGUAUCCGUUAGUGCUUAUCCUAGUUUACCCGCGGUUGCCGGCAUUCUGGGAAUUCUCACCCGCGGCGCCCCUCAUAGUUGCACGAAGCACUCUAGUCGCCUGAAGCUGCUCCACAGUCCCUACGAUUGGAUUCGUCGACUGGCCUAUUUAAUGUCUCCGUUACCAGCGGAUAUGAUUUCUGGAAGACGUUUACUUCCCCGACUUGAUGCUGUGAAGUCUGUUUUCUGGUAUGCUGCUUGGACAAUGGUUGACUACAAAUUAAAGGUCGCUCCUUGGGUCAGUCCGCUGAAGACCUUCCUCGCGCUUGAAGGAUCGCUUCGAGCUUUUCUGAUGCGUCAUCAACCUGAUCAGCGGUCAGCAGGCGGUAUAGUAAAAGUUCCUCCGCCGAACUUCGAGACUCUCUCUAGUGAUGGUUUAGCUCGUCAAUCAUGGUGCAGACAGCUAAACCAAGCACAACUCCUGGUAAUGUUUCUGGGGUUUUUGGAAAGAAAUAUAGCCAACGCUACAGAGGGUUUCGCUUUGGUCCUUCCACGUCCAGUGUCACCAGCCUGUGCGUUUUUCUCAGCUAACGCUACUACCUGUUCUCAGUGGUUUACCCGUGUGCGGGGUCUAGUUGCUCGUCUGACGGUAGACUGGCCUCUUGUCUCUGUAUCGGAGCAGUGUAUCGGCGUGGAGUCUUCUGCUGCGGUCGUAUACAACACUUACAAAUUGCUUUCCUCAUCGGUGACUGCUAAAGAUACCAACCCUUGGGGAUCUUUCACCGGUUUGUCCGAUCAACUUCUGGUCUAUACAGUUCGUGGACUUUCCAAUCUUGUGGCGUGGGAAGAACUCCAAGCCCUGUCAGAUUGGACUGAACAACUGGCAUCCACACAGGGCUAUCUGUUCAAUCCAUUCGGUUGGUUAGCCGGUGCCACAGCUCUGGCACGUGGACAUUGGGAUGAAGCUGUGAGGUUACUGCGUGGAUUCUUGGACAAAUGGUUUGAGCUGAAGAGUAGCCUUUCAUUUAUAGACUAUUGUGCUUUAUUCAACGGCCGAACAGAGACUGGUGUAUCAUAUGCAAUUCAAUUGUUGUUGCAAUGCUACUUGGAUGUAGGAGAUUAUGAUGCUGCAUGGAAUUUGCGACAAACAAUGGGAUCGUCAAUCGAUUCACAAGAUGUUACAUCGUCUCAGGACGUACACUCUAUUCGCUCUACCGUGCGUGUCACAUGGACUCGUCUGGAUUCUCUAAAAAAAUUGUCCAGCUGGUCCCCGUCAGACUCCUCCCAAGAUGUCACGGGCCGGAAUUCAUCCGCAUGUAGUUCUUUGACGCGGUGGUCCGAGUCAGCAUUCGCUGACCACUUAGACACUCUUCUGUGCAAUAGUGCAUCCAGUUUUAUGCGCAUCAAAACAGGAAACAUGGAGUCACAUGCAAUGGAUGGAUACUUGUCUCAGCUGGUCACCGAUGCACGCCGAGCUGCGUCAGCAAUGGCGUUAUCCUUUGCAAAUGAUUUUGCGAAUGGCUGUAAAUGUGGUAUUUCUAGCGGUCGCAGUCUCUGUUCCUGGCUCUCUCAGGCAGAUGUGCUACUUGGUUCCACUAUUCAACAACUUACAGAUAGUGAACUGGCCGACUGUUGUCUGAACACGGUGAGUGAUUGUUCGUGGCGUCACUUGGUCGGUCGCGGGUGUGGUGUUGAAUGGGGUCGAAUCAACUCCGGCUUGCAAGCAUGUCGCUGGGCGUGUGCCCAUGAAAGUUAUUCGCUUGCCGAACGUUUGUUGCUGCGUGAAGGCCAGGCUUUGAGCCUACUAAAGAACACAAACCAGGACCAAGUUAAUCUCCAGAUACUUUACAGUCUGACACGCACUGCCAUCUUCUGCGAAACCAGUCGCUUGUCUCAGAUCCAGAGACUUCGUUUUUCUGAUUGUUUGGCGCAACUUCUGUGGGCCAGAAGUGAUUCAGAUGACCCAGUGGAAUGUUAUAAUAAUAAACUUGCCGCUAUUGAUGUACUUUCCCGAGGCCUAAGAACCGCUCUGUUGGAGGAAGUUACACAGGAUUCUCGUCAACACGCUGCUCGCUGUGAUAUUUCGACCGAAGUUGCCUUGCGGUUAUUUGAGUGGUUGGAGAAACCGGCUCUUACGGGAACACAAACGUGGGCAGAAAUCAUACAUCAGCAGGCCUCAGACCAGCCGUUCUCCCCAAAAGUGAUCAAGACAACCAGCACCGCUCACCAUUUGAAUUUCUUCAGUCGUCUCGUCGAUGAACCCUGGGCGAACGGUCUGCCCUUGGUUCCCUCGGGUGAACUAACACCUGCUCCGAGGACUAAUCCGUCUCAGCAGGUCGGUUGUACUUCUUGGACCAGCCGUUUACUGAUGAUGGCCACACGACUUUCUCCAACGGGAGCAUCCACUAAGGCGUGGCUCCGUAUGGCCGAGUGGUGUUUUGGGCGUGGUCAGUCGCUGAUUGAGGAGACUCGUUCUGCUACCAGAAUCAUUUUGGACAGCUUUGCUGACCCGCAAACGCCUGGGGACACUUCAGGUUGCCAAAAGUAUCCUGUGAUGGAUAUGCUAGAAGCAGAAGAAUGUGAAGCUGCACGUGUAAUAUUGCGACAGCGUUUGACCACUUCGACGCAGGCUGAAAUGGAGUCGCCUUCCAUAGAUCUUCAUCUACCUCACCUCCUAGCAGCGUUGGCCAGCUUUCUGGUGCUCGAACCGGUCGCUGAUGAAACAGCUGAAGAUCUACCAGGGAAUAAGUUGAGAAACGUGUCCGAAUUCCGUCUUUCGAAGAUAUGUCCCGAUGAGAAUGCCGAUGAUUAUCAUAUUUUGGAACGUUUGGCCCACCAUUUGCACGAAAAGCUGCCGUCCUUAUUUCCAUCCUCCAGCUCGCUUUCAGCAGAGGUGCUUCGCUCGCUUCAUCAUCUCGUAAUCGUCUUCACCCAACGCCAGUAUAGUCUGUAUACAUCCGCAGCCCAAGCCUAUGCCACGUUUCUCACAGUUGCCGGUCAGAACUCAGCCCCUGAACUAUCUGUCUCGAAACUGGAUACUACAACAGCUACGUUGAAACUACUGGACUUCUUGUCCGCCCCCAGUCGUGCGUUACGCAAUCUCGUUGCCGGCUUCCUAAUGAAUGGUGGACCGGCCACCCAUUCAUUCGACAUACACACUCCUUGUACAACAGACACAGCUUCUGCCACGCCACGCAGUGGUCGUGCAUCGGCGCACCGAGUGGCCACCUUCGUCCCUGCACGCAUUGGCACUACGUUGGGUGGACCGGCCAUUUGGGAGGCCUGUUUGCACCACGUGUUGGUACGAUUCAGUCUUCCUGAUCCAAUAGCGCAAAACUGCCUGGUUGCUUUGCUUACCCGUCUGCUUCUAACGGAAAACGCGGACCGCAGUCGCUUGCUCUCCCCCUCUCUUCGUUUCGCUGCUCAUUUGGUGUUUCCCGCAGCUGUAGCCUCUUUGGAUGCUCACAACAGCAGAAACUCGAAAUUUCUGGACGAUAAACGACUCGUCAAUGCUGCUGCCGAUGUGGUCCAUGGUUCAUCACCGCAACCGUCUUCUGGCUCCGAAUGUUGUUUCAUCCAGAUUAUUGCAGCUCUCAAAAGUGCUGGUUUCUCGGAAAUGGUGCGGCAGGUGGAGACCUUUGUUUCGGAACUUCAGCGAAUCACUCUUUUAUGGGAAGAGCUUUGGCUUGGGUGCCUCUCGCAACAUAUGGACGACCUAACGAAAAAAGUUACAUUACUCGAAUCCGAAAUCAAGCGUUCUCUACAAUUCGUUGAUUCGGGCAAUACCAAUUCUUCCGGUGACUCAGAUGCCAUGCUUCAGAGCUCGGAUAAGGAGAAUCACGCCCUCCCCACUCCUGUACUACCGCCUUCGUCCGUUGUGGCUGGUGAUAUGUCAUCAAAUGGGUUACGUACUGCCACUGAGCUGUUACAUCUCCAUAAGCAGGAAAAGUCUGUAGAUCUGCUGCAAAAUUUACUGACAACUCAGUACUUAUCCGUCACCCAACCUACAUCAGACUUACUGGAUCAACUCUGUGCCCUCACUUUGGACGUACAGCCAGAAACCCCUCACGAGGAGUGGUUUCAAAGGACGUUUGCUCCUAUCGUGUCGGAACUUCGCGAAUCACUAGUCAACCCCACAGACCUCAACGAUGCCAAACUACCCUUGAUUCUGAUGCGUCAAUUGAUGAACCAACUACACACUGUUCAUCACUCACCAGGUGCCAGUCGUCUUAAUCCUCGAGCGCAACCAACUGAGACUUCCCGUCGACUGGGAGUGGACAUGCUUCCCCUAAACAAGACGUCGUUGGGCAACACGCUUAGUCUGAGUCUGUAUCAUCUCAGUCCGCAAUUAGCCCGGAUGCAAUUUGGCAGCCUUGGUACAAUACCUCAUAUCAAUAGCAAAGAGGAGUAUAACGUUAGUAAUUCUGUCACCAGCAAUAGUAGCAUCCCACUUCCCGGCAGAUUUGAUUUGGAGUCAGCUAGUUUGUCCAGUCGAGUAGCCGUUUUACCCACGAAAACCCGACCGAAACGACUUUUGUUCCGUGCACAGAAUGGUCACACCUAUCCGUACUUGCUCAAAGGUCUGGAAGAUCUCAGACUGGAUGAUAGGAUUAUGCGUCUGUUCGAACUGGUUAACCUUGCCAUGACUCGACGUCCAACCAUGGAUACGGAACAAUUCAGUCAAAUUUGCGCCAGAACCUACGCAGUUACACCACUAGGAGUACGAGCCGGACUUUUACAAAUGGUUCAGGGAGCUGCACCUCUCUUUGGUCUCUAUAAACGUUGGCAAAUCCGAACUAGUAAAUUAGACGGUGAUACCGUCCCAUCCCAAUCACCCAGUUUGACAGUAAGUGUCCCAAGGCCAGGAGAAUUAUUCCAUGCUCGAUUGAAAGAUCUGCUACUGGCUGCCAACGUACCCUACCAGUCUCAGGUGCGCUCCAGUUGGCCGCUGGAGACGCUGAAAGAAGUGUUGAGGUCUCUGGAGUCAGAAACACCACCGGACUUGUUGUCACGCGAGCUCUGGGCAGCCAACAUGUCUUUUGCUGCUUGGUGGCGUGCCACACGCACUUUUGCGCGUUCUGCCGGAAUGAUGAGCAGUUUGGGUUAUCUUGUUGGUUUGGGUGAUCGACAUUUGGAUAAUCUAUUGGUUGACUUCACUACGGGUCACCUGAUUCAUAUAGAUUAUAAUGUGUGUUUUGAUAAAGGACGUACCUUACGGGUCGCUGAAAGAGUACCAUUUCGGCUUACACAAAUUAUACGCCACGCCUUGGGCCCGGUCGCACAAGGCAACCAAUGUCGUGGUUCCUUUAGAGUUGCCGCCGAAGAAACGUUGCGUGUGGCCCGUGAGAUUCUGGACCCUUUGCUCACUCAAUUGAAGGCAUUUUUGAUUGAUCCGCUUAUCGACUGGCAAACAAAGAAAUCGACAUCCAUGCUGAUCACCGAUUUUACGCACCUUGGUGCUUAUCUUGGCGGUGGUAGUUGGACGACAACCAAGCACCAGUCGGCAACGCGAACACGUAAACAACGUCGAAUCGAAUCUGAAUGUCGUUUGUACAGUGGUCUUGUGGCUACGCGGCUUCUGGAGCUCGGUAACACACCCCAUUUUGGAGCAACUAUUGCUGCGCUGGGUCAGGUAAUCACGCACCUUUCCGCUUGGCAAAAAUGGAGAGCAUCAGCCUUACUUUGUACCGCGACGGAACAUUCUUACAGACUGCUUACCAACGCUAGUAGUACUGAACUAGAACACGCUGAGAACCGUUGUACUGCUUGUGAAGCUGUUUCACAAACACUGGUUGAUCUACAGCAAGAAUUGCGUGAUCAUGUGAAUGUUUGGAAGCAGUGCACCUCAGAACAUCGCGAACUGUUCAGGGAGCUGCUUGAUCCUACUUGGCUGCCUAGUCUGCUAGCUGCCCAGGGUGAUCUCUGUCCCGAACUAUCCUUAGCGCUGACACAGUACCAUGCGGUUGCCCGUGUAUACCUGUCAUAUCCGUCUUUGUGCCCUCUGAAUGCUUGCUGGACAGAACUCGUUCACACUCUUCAAUCGACGAUUAGCCUGUUUGUAGAAGAACCACUUUCAGAUGCUGCUUUGGAAUCUUGCCUGGAUACCUUCAGUGAUCAUGGAUGUAUGCGCCCUCCAAAUUCCUUUGAUCCGAUUCUUUUACGUGAACUGGAAAAGUCGGUACUCGAAACCCGUCGUUCGGUGGCGGAACUCAGGGACAACGUUGCGGAAGACGCUGGUCCGACAGUACUAAUCAAUGAACUUCAGUCUGUCAUACGUCCCGAACUGGAAAACCUUCAUCUGUUCAUCUACGAUCAAGGUCCUGUUGGAGUAACUUCCUAUUGUUGGGCCCUAAUAGACUACUUACCUGGUCUGAUAGCCAAUCUGCUUAGCCUUGAGACCGAUCCACAGAACUGGGCAUGUGUUGAUGUUUCGUUGAACAAUGCUCAUGAUCAGCCAACCAAUUACCUGGAACAGUUAUCCAUGUUCGUUGAAUGCCUUACAAGCUUGUUCAGCGUACUGCAUCAUCAACCAAGUGGCGCGUUUCACUUUACCGCCGGUUACGAAGCCGACGCUCGUCGCGAAACUGCCUUCCUACUCAGCGUCCGUGAUGUUUGUCAUUGUCUGGUUGGUUUAAAAUUAAAUCUAAUUAGACUUCUAUUACCAGCAGCAACUGAUGCGUUGAUUGAUGUCACCGGAGAUCUUGCUGAAGACUUCUCCAAAUUUGUUGCGCGACAUCUUGCAGAGUCAAAUCCCACGAACUUACCCGACCUUGUAGGAACAUACCUCGGUAACUGUAACCUCUCGGAAAACCCAUCAGCUAGCCGCCUGCACCAAGUUCUGAUAGCGGUGCAUCUAGCACUCGUGAAUACUGCUGCUCAGUUGGAUGAUAUUGCUCAAAGAAUCCGCACCUGCUCCGUAACAGCACUCGCCUGGUACUACGUCGAUAUAUUGGCUCAGGCUACUGCAACUAUGUUGUCCCGAUGCAGUGAAUGGCGCGAAGGAGCCACUUGCUUAUGGGGUUGGGAGUCUUCCGGCACAUGCAGUUCUCAAGCAGGAUCCAAUCCCUGUUCCUGGCUGGACGAGAUUUACGCCUCAGGUAUGAUGGCGUUUGUCUCAAUUCUGGACGAUUGUAGAGCUCACUGGCAAGCCAUAAAAACCGGGUCCGUUGAUGUUCAGCAAGAUAUUCUGCUAACCCCGUUUUCUGCAACUGUCGAUCGUUUUCUUGGUCGUCUGUCUUCACGCAUUGCUCUGGCAAGUCUUGUUAGUUUGGCUGCUGGCCGCCUAUUCUGCGCGCUGAUUGAGGACACUGGAAUAUCUGUACGUCGCCUGGUGAACUCAAAAGUUGUCGGUGUGCCGGAUGUGUUGUUUACUCCCUCAGCUGAAAAGCUUGUUGAGGCGGCUGGUUUGCAAUUGUCAGUCAGUCAUCCGAUAGGGGUCCAGCAUCUACGUGGCCCUGCGUCGAAUCUCAUAUAUCGUUUGGUAAAUCGUGCCACUAGAGCGAACGAGCGUGCUUCUAAGGCGCUAAAGCUGGAACUGGCCGAUAAACAUUUGACUCACCUGAGCAGAAGUCUCGCUGCCUUCAGAUGGAUCCAUACGCCUCAGUACAGUGCAAAUGACACCGCUCAAUUUACAUCCGAACUGAAUUUGGACUCAAAACCACAGCCUCUGUUUCCUUCGACUAUUCGUGAUGCGUUGACAACGAUUGGGACAGCGAUUGCGAAUUACGAGUCAGUGUCCAAGGAUCGAUCGAAAAGUGAAACAGUCAAGCUAAUUGAUGUGGCGCGCUCCGUUCAGUUCUUCGAACAACUGAGGAUCACCGGCCCCUCUAGUUGUUCUGCAUAUUACGUCUGUAUGCAGCUGUUACACCAACUUAGGGAGGCUCUGACUGCGCAGAAACGAGUGUUGGAUCAGCUCACCGAACUCGAUCGGAUCCUACUCAGUCUCAAGAAGAAGUAUGACCUCCAGUGGCCGGCUCAGGUGUGGCUGUCCACCAACUGCACUACGGAAUCGAGUGGAGUAUGUACUCUGAAAGAACAAAUGGCUCUUGAUGUUAGUACCGCCAAGAUUACACUGAAGCAUGCGUUGAAGCAGCUGAACAAUACCCGCCAUGAAUUGCGUGUACACAACACUCAGUCCGUAACUGCGCCGAACAAUGCCAUAAUAGAAAAGACUUUGGUGACCGCAACCUCCAGGACGGCUGGACCAGUCAUCGUCGGUCGUCAGUCCCAGAAAAACAAUGUUGGACAACCUACUUCUUUCAGUCUCAUCGACUCCGGCUCGUUGCCUUCAACCAAACAUUCUACCCUUGUCAAUACCCUCCGAGUUACUUUGACAAUGCUACAAUGCGAAAGACUGUCUGACAUUCGACAGCUCGUGAAGCUGCUAAGUAGAUACGAGUUAGCAAGUGUUCACUUACUUUCUGAGAAUGACCAACCGCCUGAGGCUACCGAAACUCUGUCAUCUUGGUCCUCUUGGUUGGAAAGCCAUCAGGCUUGGACACAUAAUGCUUCCCAGCUAUUGAAAAAGGUGUCAAAGUUUGUUACCCAAUUGGAUACCAACCGCAUACUUUCCACACUAGAUCGCAAACGGCUAAAUGCCAGUCAGCUACGUGAACUCGCAGCAGAAGCUGACCAAGCCGCGUCUAUUCUAGCUGACUGCAAUUUGGUAGCCAGACAAUUUUGGUCAGACCUGAUUCAGCCGUUGUUCGUCGCCAUUCGUCGUACGGUGAAGUCGGAUCCGCGCUUAUGUAACACAAUUGAAACCUGUUUCGAAGGCCUUGAGAACCGUUUUGUGUCGUUACUGGACCUGCUAAAAUCGGAAACACCAUCGGAUAACGUAGCGGAAACCCCACGAAUGGAGUCUAGUACACGUGAUUCCAGAACACAACUUAAAUUGGAACCUUUCGAAAAACCUCUCAAUCUGUAUGCACUCAACGUCUGGCGUCGUGUUCGAAGCCGUAUUUCCGGUUGUGAUCCAAUGCUCAUCCCUCAUCGUGGUGCCACUCGUUCACAAGCGCUCUUGGAUGCUGAGAACACGGACCCAACCCCGACUCCGUUAUCCGUGACCGAACAAGUUGACUUGUGCAUAUCCGCCGCAACGGACGUUGAGAAUUUAGCCCUCAUGUACGAAGGUUGGACCGCUUGGGUGUGAUUCGAAGAAAAGCUAACAGAGGGUGCCCCUCACCGUCUCUUAUCAUCUCACAUCUGUUCCGUUCAGAUUUACCAGCGGUUCUACCAGUACAAAAGAGUCAGUGUGGUCGUGCCUGCGACGUCAGUGGCACAACACACGCAGGCUAUGCGUUCAACGACACCAGAAGUUCUGCUACUACCACAGUCGCCACUUUACCACCACUAUUAUCCACCACCCAGAAGAGAGCAUACGCAAGCACAGGCACGAAAUGUUGGAAUUUCAGGCCGCUCUAUUCAGUCUGUCUAAUAAAAAUUGACCGUUCUGGUCGGUUCAUCGGUUAGCCGGCCCAGUCGCGCGAGUCUUUGUUCCAUUCACGUCCUUCGGGCAACCAGUCAUCUCAAAGCCAACCAGUUUACCUCCCAGUCACUAUGCGAUAGUACCAACCAGCGUGUUUGUGUGUGUGUGUGUACGUGCUUGCCCAGCACCCGUGGACAGCGGGGGGAGAACUUGCGAGUUUUGCAACCGCCGAAACAUGGUUGAAGGUUGAUCUUCACCAGCCAAAUGACAUUCAUGUUGCGACUAAUACGAAAAUGCUCCCAUCUUUUUUUAAAAUACUAUUUUAGUUUUGAACAUCCUAUUCGUGAUCCUGUGCAUCGCUCUACGUACAAUACUUGGUUUAUUUUCCCGCAUCCUACUCGCGCAUUUGCACCAACAGACCUUAUUCAUUUGUUUGUUUAUUCUGUCAUCACCCGUCCUCUUCGUUAUCCUUAUCCAUGUUGUGACGGUAUUUGAAAGGCACGCUGAUUUCUCGUCCCACGAGAUCAACAGGUCUGUGAAGACGUCACUAUUUUGCUGACUUGUUUCGAAACGGUCCGUCUCUCUCCCCUCAUUCCAUCCAUCUACUUCAAUGGAAGACACAACAACUUUAUCUUUGGAUUUACGCCAUGCCCAGUAUCCUACCGUUUUGUGUGACCUGUGUGGUUUAAUGCGCGUUGUUAUAUAGCCGCUCACUUUUUGUGUCUCACUUCCUGUAUGUGUAGAUUUUCUCCAAAUUUCAUCGUAAUAAUAAAC